AUGGAAGAUGGAUCCUGGGACCUGAGCAGCCUUUGCGAGGAGCAGUUCGACGAGUUGGCCGUAUACCUGGUCCGCGACCAGCCAUGCGAGGAGGACUGCCCCAACAAGGCACAGGCCAGCCUCCCCAGGAACCUCGUGAUCAAGGCGUCCCCCGCCCUCGGAGGAGAUGUGCAGGGGGUAUGGGCCACUGACUACAUUCCGCGGGGCACCCGCUUCGGUCCCUUGGUCGGACGGGUCUACAGGCAGGACGAGGUGCCCCCGGAAGCAAACAGGAAAUUCUUUUGGAGGGUAUACGACUCCCCGGAAGAUUUCCAUUACAUCGACUGUCUCGAUAUCCAGCAAGCCAAUUGGAUGCGCUACGUGAAUCCGGCCUAUUCGACAGUGGGACAGACCCUGGUCGCCUGCCAGAUUCGUCAACAGAUCUACUUCUACACUUGCCGACCUGUUCUGCCUAAUGAAGAACUCACUGUUUGGUACUGCAAGGAGUUCGCUCAGAGACUGGGUUACCCGCUGACUGGAGAGCUCAUGCUACUCAGAAUCAGUAAGGACAUUUUUCAAAAUAGUGACACUUUGACUUGUUUCCAGUCGUCCAACAGCUCUUCCACGAUCGUAGGACACACCAUGGAGAUGGGUUCGAAGUCUCAGCAAGACGACAACCAGGCUGAAACAUUAGCUGAAGAAGAUAGACCUCCUCCAGUACUAUCGUCUGAAUUGCUACCCACAAAUCCCGAGGAACACCCCCAAGCGGUAGGUGAGGUGUGCGAGAAGGAUAGCUGCGCUCGAAGUGAUGAGGGUUACCAUAGCCAUGGGAGCCAUGAUGACCCCCUGACCCCACCGGAAGGCGAUUUGUCCGACGAAGAGUGUGCCCUGGAUUUCAGUACCAAGGAAAAAACCGCAGAGAAAGCUACCAGCGAAAAACGCGUUGAGCAGGAACACAAAACUGAAGAAUCAGAAUGCGAUGAAGAGGACUAUAAAAGAUUUCGUAAUGCGAAAUUCAAAAUGUUCAAAGCUCUUAAUUACAGAAACAAACAGCAGAACUCUGAAAACAUCAACGCCAGUGAGAAUAGCUCCACCCCAGGAACUCCUGAAAAGGACAAUGGCACUUGUCACAGACCCGUUAUCGUAGCUCCAGCACCCCAACGACAAGAGAGUCAUGAAGAACCUCCCACACUAGAACCAAAAGAUUUUCCAGAAUCGACUUCAGGUUCUCGUUUGCACGACGUUUUAUCAAAAAGAGGAAACUCGGCGUUCGUCGCUUACGAAAACAGCUCAGCUAAAGCACUGCGGUCUAUCAUUCCAAGCAGCUUGCCUUUGCCCCCACCCUCCUUGCCCCCUCACGAUGGAAUACCGCCGCCCGGAAUAUUAGAGAACCUUCUGCUUCGCCAGAGGGCAGAAAUGGGAAGGUCCUCGUCGACAGUCAUCAGACACGAAAAUCUCUCCUCUGAGGCUUCUCCUCAGUUGUCAUACCCACGCCCACCACCGAUCACAGAGCCAGUGAGAGUCAUCGUGUCCAAUGAGUCCAUUAAUUCCCGUUCGGAAUCCCAAAUCAGCAGCACACAUCAAUCUCCCCCCAGACCCGAGGCCCGUCCCGUCCCAAUAUACCCAUCUGCAAAAAAGCUACAAUAUGGUGGUUCGAGUCCAGAAAUGCGAAGUCCAGACUCAACGGACAAGACACCGGCAGCGAUGAACAGACACAGUCCACCUUACCCUUUAGCGGCUCCUCCCGCCAGCUACGUAUACAGCAUGCCCCCCAUGUUCUCCCCUGCUCACUUCAACAUGUACGCUUACUCUUUACCAAGUGAAGGUCAAAGCUUUGGGCCGAAACCGGCGGAUUAUGCUCAAAACCAUCAUCAUCCAUCAACACCUUUUAUGCCCCGUCUGCCUCUCAAACAUAAACCACCCUAUCCAAACGGGACCAUGUCACACAAUCACCUUCCACAAAAUGCUUCCCAGUCUCCUCCUCAUGGCCCUCAUAUGAUGAACAAUCAUCCGUACACCGAUAUCCCUUCUGAUAGAUCGAGUGCGAGUCCUUCCGGGAAUUCUAAUGGCUCUCAUUCUGGUCCCACGCGAGGAUAUCGCUCCUUACCUUACCCGUUGCAGAAAAAAGACGGCAAGAUGCAUUACGAGUGCAACAUUUGCCGGAAGACCUUCGGACAACUCUCAAAUCUCAAAGUUCAUCUGAGGACUCAUUCAGGAGAGCGUCCUUUCAAGUGUUCCGUGUGCACCAAGAGCUUCACUCAACUGGCGCAUUUGCAGAAACACCAUCUAGUGCAUACGGGCGAAAAACCUCACCAGUGUGACGUGUGCAAGAAGCGAUUCAGCAGCACCAGCAACCUAAAGACACAUCUUCGUCUUCACAGCGGCCAGAAACCAUAUGCUUGCGACCUGUGCCCGGCGAAAUUCACGCAGUUUGUGCAUCUGAAGCUGCAUAAGCGUCUGCACACAAACGAAAGACCUUACACUUGCCAAACGUGCAAGAAGAAAUACAUCAGCGCAUCUGGCUUGCGAACGCACUGGAAGACUACAUCCUGUCGUCCGAAUGCUGUUCCUCUCGAAGGCAUGGACAUGGACAAGGUGUAUGACUACUUGUCCUCCGAAGAUUACAGUAAUUUGGACGGCAGCGGCAGCGAGGACUUGUCUGAAAUAAUCGGCGUGGAUGAAGGCAGCGAACAUCCGCCCUCUCCUGCUUGUCAUUCAUCAAUAAACAUACACAUCCCGAGGUCAAACGCAAACUGCGUAAUGGCCAAUUAA